AUGGCUUACGUUACGAGAUACGUCUUUGGCACGGACAAGUUGAGGCCUGGCGCGUUCGAGGUGAGGGGCGCCCGGCCUCACAUGACCACCGGCGUGAUCCACGCGGAGGACCCAGCGGCCCUCUCGCAGUGGCUGAAGAGCAUCUCCGACAACAUCGUGGGCCUCACCAACCUGCAGAUGAAGCUGUUCAACCGGCACCUGAGCGGCGGCGAGCGCGUGGAGUACAUGGGCUGGGUGCACGAGGGGCUGGUGAGCGCGGCGCAGCCGUGGCAGACCUACCGGCCCAAGUUCCUCGUGCUCAAGGGCACCGACGUGAUGCUCUUCGACGUGCCGCCGACGAGCACGACGGAGCUGGCCAAGUGCCCGGAGACGCUGAAGGUGUACCAGACGAUGUUCCGCACGGUGAAGGAGAGCGAGACGGUCGACUGGCGGCAGCACUGCUUCCUCGUGCAGGCGAGCGGCGGCGGGCCGGGCGCGGGCGGCGCGGGCCCGCGCUACUUCAGCGCCGACACGCGCCGCGACCUGCUGCGCGUCGAGGCGGCCUGGACGCGCAACGUGCUGCACUCCGUCGUGCGCCUCGGGGUGAGUGCUCCCGAAGCUCAAAGUUGCUCAGGGCUGCUGCGGUGCUCGCCAGAGGUCAACGUGAAGGUCAAAGUAGGUCCGAGGACGCGCCGCGAGCUGGUGUUGUGCUCCCCAGAGGUCAACGUGUUGGUUAAAGUAGGUCUGAGGACGCGCCGCGGGCUGCUGCGGUGCUCGCCAGAGGUCAACGUGAAGGUCAAAGUAGGUCCGAGGACGCGCCGCGAGCUGGUGUUGUGCUCCCCAGAGGUCAACGUGUUGGUUAAAGUAGGUCUGAGGACGCGCCGCGGGCUGCUGCGGUGCUCGCCAGAGGUCAACGUGAAGGUCAAAGUAGGUCCGAGGACGCGCCGCCGGCUGCUGCGGUGCUCGCCAGAGGUCAACGUGAAGGUCAAAGUAGGUCCUAGGACGCGCCACGGCCUGCUGCGACUCGAGGGGUGUGCUUUGGGG